ACUCUGAUUUGUGUCAACAAACUCAUUCUUCUUUCUCUCCCCUUGCUCACCAAUCCCUACAGUCUCCGGCGAGACUCUGUUUGAUUUUCCUUCACUCCAUUUUACAGGACAAUGGCAUCUCACAUUGUUGGUUAUCCCCGUAUGGGACCCAAGAGAGAGUUGAAAUUUGCUCUUGAAUCUUUCUGGGAUGGUAAAAGCACUGCUGAGGAUUUGCAGAAGGUGUCUGCUGAUCUUAGGUCAUCCAUCUGGAAACAGAUGUCUGAUGCUGGCAUCAAGUACAUCCCAAGCAACACCUUUUCGUACUAUGACCAGGUUCUUGACACCACUGCCAUGCUUGGUGCCGUCCCUUCAAGGUACAACUGGAACGGUGGUGAGAUUGGUUUCGACACUUACUUCUCAAUGGCCAGAGGAAAUGCCUCUGUCCCUGCUAUGGAAAUGACUAAGUGGUUCGACACCAACUACCAUUUCAUCGUCCCAGAGUUGGGCCCUGAAGUGAAAUUCUCGUACGCUUCUCACAAGGCCGUGACUGAAUACAAGGAGGCGAAGGCUCUUGGAGUUGACACUGUUCCAGUUUUUGUUGGACCCGUCAGCUACUUAUUGCUAUCAAAACCUGCUAAAGGUGUUGAGAAGACCUUCGAUCUUCUAUCCCUUCUUGAUAAAAUCCUUCCGAUCUACAAGGAAGUCAUUGCUGAGUUGAAGGCAGCUGGUGCUACAUGCAUCCAAUUUGAUGAGGCUACCCUUGUGAAGGAUCUUGAGGCCUACCAAUUGGAAGCUUUCACCAAGGCCUACUCUGAAUUACAAUCAGCUUGCUCUGGUCUUGAUGUUAUUGUUGCAACCUACUUUGCCGACGUUCCAGCUGAAGCAUUCAAAACCCUCACUUCCUUGCCUGGAGUUACUGGUUUCACUUUUGAUUUGGUCCGUGGUGAAAAGACUCUUGACUUGAUCAAAAGCAGCUUCCCAUCAGGCAAAUACCUCUUCGCUGGAGUUGUUGAUGGAAGGAACAUUUGGGCUAACGAUCUUGCUGGAUCUCUCACCCUUCUAGAGUCUCUUGAGGCUGUUGUGGGAAAAGAUAAGCUUGUUGUUUCCACUUCUUGCUCACUCCUCCACACUGCUGUUGAUCUUGUUAAUGAGACCAAGUUGGAUGAUGAAAUCAAAUCAUGGCUCGCAUUUGCUGCCCAAAAGGUCGUUGAAGUCAAUGCAUUGGCCAAGGCUCUUGCUGGCCACAAAGAUGAGGCAUACUUCUCAGCUAAUGCUGCUGCUCAGGCUUCAAGGAAGUCCUCUCCAAGAGUGACAAAUGAAGCCGUUCAGAAGGCUGCUGCUGCUUUGAGGGGUUCUGACCACCGUCGUGCCACCAAUGUUAGCGCCAGACUUGAUGCCCAACAGAAGAAACUCAACCUUCCAAUCCUCCCCACCACCACUAUUGGUUCUUUCCCACAAACCAUCGAGCUCAGGAGAGUUCGCCGUGAGUACAAGGCUAAGAAGAUAUCUGAGGAAGAGUAUGUUAAGGCCAUUAAAGAGGAGAUCUUUAAAGUUGUCCAGCUCCAGGAAGAACUUGACAUUGAUGUGCUCGUCCACGGAGAGCCAGAGAGAAACGAUAUGGUUGAGUACUUUGGUGAACAAUUAUCUGGUUUUGCCUUCACCGCCAAUGGAUGGGUGCAAUCAUAUGGAUCUCGUUGUGUCAAGCCACCAAUCAUCUAUGGUGAUGUCAGCCGACCCAAGGCCAUGACCGUCUUCUGGUCCUCCAUGGCUCAGGAAAUGACUAAGCGCCCAAUGAAGGGUAUGCUUACCGGCCCAGUCACCAUUCUCAACUGGUCCUUUGUCCGUAAUGACCAGCCCAGAUUUGAAACUUGCUACCAGAUUGCUUUGGCUAUUAAGGAUGAAGUUGAGGACCUUGAGAAGGCUGGAAUCACAGUGAUCCAAAUUGAUGAGGCUGCUUUGAGAGAAGGAUUGCCACUCAGGAAAGCCGAGCAUGCUUUCUACUUGGACUGGGCUGUCCACUCUUUCAGAAUCACUAACGUGGGCGUUGCUGACACCACCCAGAUCCACACCCAUAUGUGCUACUCAAACUUCAAUGACAUCAUUCACUCCAUCAUCAACAUGGAUGCUGAUGUGAUCACGAUUGAGAACUCACGAUCUGACGAGAAGCUUCUUUCAGUGUUCCGUGAGGGAGUCAAGUACGGUGCAGGAAUUGGUCCCGGUGUGUAUGACAUCCACUCUCCAAGAAUCCCAUCCAUGGAAGAGAUUCAUGACAGAGUUAACAAGAUGCUUGCAGUGUUGGAGACCAACAUUUUGUGGGUGAACCCCGACUGUGGGCUGAAGACCCGUAAGUAUGGUGAGGUCAAGCCAGCCCUACAGAACAUGGUUACAGCCGCCAAGAAGCUUCGUGCCGAGCUUGCCAGUGCUAAGUGAGGAUGAUUUUUUAAGAGGGAUCGAGUCUAUGGUAUACAUUAAUUGAUAUUCAAUAACUAUGAUUGAUGAUUGAUGUUAUGUUAUUUUGAGUUUUGUUGUUCCUGUUAUGUCAUUACUAUGUACUAGAAAUUCAAUGGAAUUUAAAAGUAUAAAUUCAGGGUA